CGGUAUUUACCACUCACACUUUCUCUGCCAGCCCCUCUAUAUCUGGUUGUGAACUGUGCUUUACAACAAAAGCUCUUCCUGCACUGAAUUAUAUUACUUUAAUCGAUCGGCAUCUUAAUAUCCUCCAUCAACUGCCUUUCUACUUUGCACGACUUCUGCGAUUGUCUGUUUAUUUGAUUGAUGCAUUCAAUCUGUUUUAACAUGUUCUAAGACUAGCCGAACGGGGGCUUAGUAUUGCGCUUUACAGCAAACUUAACUCACAUACAGUCGACAUGCAAAACAACAUUUUAUCGAUCAGAAUACAUGUAUUUGUUUUGUAAUAAGACUACUGUUAUUACCAGAAAAAAAAGGCUUUUCUCAUUGAAAUGCCAACAAGAAAACUGCUGUUGCUUGUAAUCGUGGUGUUCACCAGCGCAGCAGCAGAAAGACAGAAUGUCGUCUACUUGGAGGCUGCAAGGAGUAAGUUCACUUUCUGCCACCUGACACGGACCGCGUCCUCCAAAACCGGUCUCAGAUACCUCAACUUCCUGAGCCGAGAAGACGGGGGGCACUCUGAGGCGCUUGUACUAUACCAGAGUACCUGGGACAAUUCUCACCGGCUCCAGGAGUGCGUCAGCACCGAUGACCAGGUCCUCACGAAGACCUAUCUUUCUUACUGCCAAGAGAGUCUCCAGACGAACUCCACUUUCACAAACGGACCGGAGAUCCUGCAGGACGCCCGUUCUCUGGUUGAACCCAUCAGCCCGUGUGUCAGCAGUGCUUUGCCAGAGGAUGGCACUGAACCAGCCCGGCGAGAGAGGAGGGCUGCGGCGGCUGGAGAAUCGCUCCCUGAGGAGAGGUCCGUGGAUUUAAAUCCCAGGAGUGGAGACACAGCGCGGAGGAAAAAGCGAUCGUGGAUCGUACCCGGGACUCUUUGGUGUGGAAGAGGAACUGCAGCGCAAAACUUCACGGAAUUAGGGAUCUUUGACCAGGCAGACCUGUGCUGCAGAGAACACGACCACUGUAAAGAGACGAUAUCAGCAUUCAAAAUAAAAUAUGGGAUCUUCAACCAUCACCUGUACACUCUGUCCCACUGCGAGUGUGACCAAAGAUUCAGACAGUGCUUGUUUGGUGUGAAUGAUACCAUUGCUAAUCUGGUUGGGUAUGGCUUCUUCAACGUCAUUAAGGUUUCCUGCUUCGUCUUCCAACCCAAAGUACAGUGCACCCAGCUGUACUGGUGGGGCGGGUGUAAGAAAAAACAGAAAGCACCUUUUGCCGUCCUCCGUCCUGCCACACCGUACAAUGCCACUCACCCUGCAGAGGAGGAGACGGACAUGGGCUGGAGACCCAAACCCAAAUCAGAAUUGGGCAUCAGGGGCAGCCAAGGGGCCUCCCCCAAGACAAGCAGGACCACAGUGUCACCCAGUGGGGGGAAGCAAGCCUGCAAACCACCCCGCAGGACAGCCCCAGGCCGUGAGUGCAAGCAGAAGCAGGGCAAGAGGGGGCAAAACCAAGGACACACAGGGGUGGUGGGAGAGUCCAAAGUGACAGGGAACAGUGGGGGUAAAUAUCCACUUUUGGAAAGUACCACAUUGCCAGGCAACAGAGGAGACAAAAGUACAGUUUUGGAAGAGUCCACAACGGUAGUGAACAGAGAGGGAAAAACCACCACGCCGGAAGGUCCAGAGUUGCCAGGAAGUGCAAGGGGAGACACCGCAGAAAGAGGUCACUGGCUGUCGGGUCACAGGUCAGAGAAUGCCCUGCCCAUGGUUAACCCCUUGUUUUCUGGUGAAAAUAACUUUGAAUCCGACAGGACUAGGCUCAACAGACCGCCCCUUGUGAGGGCGGCACCCGAGGGACACUAUAAAUCCCAGAGCUGUAACUGUUACAAGCGCUUGGAUCAGUGCAAACACAAAAUCAGCCCUCAUGAGGAGAGAUUCCAGCUGCAGAACACAGAGGCCAAGACAUUGUACCACUGUGACUGCACACGCAGGUUAGCACAGCGUCUGCGCAGGAUGAGGGAGCCCAACGCAGUGGAGUCUCUGCUCUACAGCUUCGUCUCCUUGUCCUGUUUUGACCUGCGAGAGCGAGAGGAGUGUGACCAGGAGGGCCGAUGCACCAUGCAGCAGACUGCUGUCCUUUCCAGGGCGAGGCACCUCCGUAAAGUCCUGAAGACUCGGCGAAGCGCUGAGGGGAGGGAGCUGGUCGAGGGAGCCCCCAAAGUGAAGAGACGGGCCACCAGCACGUCCAGGCCAGUUCCACUGUACGUCAGGUGUCUGAAGAUGGUCGACUCCAGACUGAAACCAGAAUUACUCACUGGACAGCCCCGCAAUGACACCACCACGGACUGGAAUAUCUCGAAAGGGAGCAGCUAUUAAUCCAACACGUUUAAAUAGAGGCGUUAAAUGCAUGUUGGCGCCCCCUACUGGAGGAGGGUACACGUUGGAAAGCUAGUUUUUUGCUUAAGUUACAUCCCUUUUUCUGAAUGCAAAACGGGAACACAACUGUGAAUAUUCAUUUAAAGAAUUUCGAGUUAACGGGUUGCAUUUGCGUUCAAGAAACAAGGCACACAUUUUGUAAUGAAGCAAAAACGCUUUUCAGAACCCUAAGUAUUACAAAGCUACAACCAUUGCUAAUUUAAAUGUACCGUUCAUGAAAACGUUUUUUACGUGAUCCGUAUCAGACAACUAUCAAGCUUGAGACGUUUUGGUUCUGUCAUAGUGGCCAGCUUAUUUAUUGCACAGAGUGUAUGUUUUGUUCACGUCCGUCCUUGUGUACAGUCUUGCAAGGGUAUUGCUAGCAGACCUUUGGAAGGCAACAAUGCUGUGCAUUUCAGGUUUCUAUACCAUGAUAAGCCAUAGCUGGAUUUUUUUUAGAGUGUUUUACAGUACCAGGGAAACAAGCUGCAGUGCAUCAACAUACCCCUACCACUCUAGGGAUAAACUGAGCAGAGCUGGUUGAGUGCUGUAAAAUGCUCUAAAAAAACAAGUAAUCCCUGUGUACUGUACAGCAAUUCUGUUGCAAGCUGUUGUGUAUAUUUAUUUAUCUUAUUAAAAUAGCAAACUAAUGUAUAAAGUUUUCUUAAUUUUAAAAUCAUCUUUAUGAUAGAAUUAUAUGAUAUUAUAUUGCAUUUUUUUUUUUGUAAUUGUGGUUUCUUUUUUUGUGACAAUGGUGACAAGUCCGAUUGGUUACUGAUGAGCUCACUGUAUAACAUGAGCAGGGGAGUGUACAGAUUAAUUUAUAGGCACCUGUGGACUUUGUAUAUAGCUCAUUGAGGGAGUGGGUUGUUUACCUGUCUAGAGUGAAGUCUAAUAAAGUAAGUGUUUGUAAGA